AUGAGUUCAGUAAAUGGGAUUAGAAGAAUAGUGAUUAUAGCUGUAUCAAUCAUAAGUAUUUUAUUUGUUUUAUAUAAAUUAGUACCAAGUAAAGAAUUAGAUUUACAAGAAGUUUUAAAACAAAUUCCAAAUGAAAGUUUAUUAAAUUUAAAUAAUCAUAAAGAAGAAGAAUUUACAUCAAAAUUAGAAGCUAUAACUGAAAAAUUAUUAAAACAACAAAAUGAAAAAAUUUCAGGUUUAGAAAAAAGUAGAAAAGAUUUAGAAAAAAAAAUUCAAGAAUUACGUCGUCCACCAAUUGAUUCAACAUUAAGAGAAAAAUUAGCAUUCUUGUUUCCUUAUGAUCAAGCAAGAAAAUUUCCUGCUUAUAUUUGGCAAAGUUGGAAAUAUGGUCUUAAUGAUGAAAGAUUUGGUGAAAAAUUUAAAGAAGGUGAAUUACAAUGGGCAAUGAAAAAUCCAGGUUUUGUUCAUGAAUUAUUUAAUGAUGAUACAUCAAGUGCAAUUAUUCAUCAUUUAUAUGUAUUAAUUCCAGAAAUUGUCGAAGCUUAUGAAGCAUUACCUUCUAUAAUUCUUAAAAUGGAUUUUUUCAGAUAUUUAAUCCUUUUAGCAAGAGGUGGGAUUUAUGCAGAUGUUGAUACAUUACCAUUACAACCUGUUCCAAAUUGGAUCCCAGAAAAUGUUUCACCAAAUGAAAUUGGUAUGAUUAUUGGUAUUGAAUCUGAUCCAGAUACUUCAGAUUGGAGGAAAACUUAUGCAAGAAGAUUACAAUUUUGUCAAUGGGUUAUUCAAGCUAAACCAGGUCAUCCAAUUUUAAGAGAAAUUGUUGCUAAAAUUACUGAAUUAACCUUACAAAAGAAAAAAACUGGAGAUUUAGAAUUUACAGAUAAUUUAGAUAUUAUGAAAUGGACAGGUGCAGGUAUUUGGACUGAUGUUAUUUUCACAUAUUUUAAUGAUUAUGUUCAAAGUGGUAUUUAUUCCAAGAUUACAUGGAAAGAUUUCACUAAAUUAGAAGUUCCAAAAUUAAUUAGUGAUGUUUUAGUUUUACCAAUUACAAGUUUUUCACCAGGUAUUGGUACAAUGGGUGCAAAAGAUGAAAAACAUCCAUUAGCUUUUGUUAAACAUUAUUUUGAAAAUAUUUGGAAAAGUAAUUAA